AUCGCCCCUUGGCCGCUCGGGCUGCCCCGAAGCUUCGUCACUGCUCUGGCUGCAGCAAACAUUGCGCAAACCCUCUCUCCCCUCUCAGCUGUCCCUGCGAGCCCUCGGACCCUUCCCCCCUCCCUUUCUCCCUCUCUCCGCAGCUCCCCUGUUUGUUUAAACCCUGCACCCUUCCGCUCCACGUGGUGUUUUGGGGCCAAAGCAGCGUUUUCCGUGCCCCGGUGCCGCAGCCAUGCUUCUGGGCUGGGCGCUCCUGCUGCUGCCGCUGCCCCUGGGACGCUGCGGGACCGCGCCUGCCCCUCGGGAAUUUCUCAGUGCUUUGGAUGUGGAAGAUGUUUUCUCUUACUUUGGAACCAGCUCAGCACCUGAUGUACCUGAGUUUGUUGUUUCUGAGCCAACUUGCCCUUGUAAAGAACAACAACUGGGGCUGAAGUCCUGUCAGGUUCAGCACUGCUCCAUUGAGGCCUGGGGAGAAGUCUAUGCCUUUGAAUUUCUGGAGGACCAUGCCCUCCUUUCCUCCUCCUUUGUGAGCAAUCAAGUGGUGAACUCCUCCUUUGCCUUCCUGAAGAGAUUCUCUGGCAACUGCUUUGCAGGGGGAAAUCCCCUGCACCCCCCUGGGGCUACGUGCAGGGUCUCCUACUGUGAGGGGCAGCUGCAAGGGGUCGUCACUGCAGAUGAGGAGAAGAUUCACAUCAGGCCAGUCAGAAGCAAAGAUGUGGCCCUGCUGAAGGAGCUUGGCUUCUCCAGACCCCACAUUCUCUUCAGAACCUCCACAAGAGGGGAGGAUAAAGCAGGAGCAGGGCACCCUCCUCCUCGCCUGCAGAAGAGGGCUGAGGGAACUGUCAAACAUCUGGAGCUGAUGGUUGUAGCAGGUCCAGAUGUGUACUUGUACCACCAGGAGGACACGGAGAGAUACAUUCUUGCCAACCUGAACAUUGGGGCAGAGCUGCUGAGAGAUGCCUCACUGGGUGCUCAUUUCAGGGUCCAUCUUAUGCAAAUGCUUGUUCUGAGAGAACCAGAGGCAGAGCUGAACAUCACCACAAAUAUCACCUCCUCACUGAUCAGUGUUUGUGAGUGGAGCAAGAAGGUCAAUCCCCAGAAUGACUCUCACCCCCAGCAUGCUGACAUUGUGCUCUACAUCACCAGGUUUGACUUGGAGUUGCCUGAUGGGAACAAGGAGCUCCGAGGAGUGACCCAGCUGGGUGGAGUCUGCUCCUCCUCCUGGAGCUGUGUCAUCACCCAGGACACUGGCUUUGACCUGGGAGUCACCAUAGCCCAUGAGAUUGGGCACAGUCUUGGCAUCUCCCAUGAUGGGGAGGGGAACCAGUGCAGCAGCAGUGGUCACAUCAUGGGUUCAGCAGGAACCCACAACAGCAUCGACCUGGCCUGGUCCCAGUGCAGCCGAGAGCAGUUCCUGGCAUUUGUCAGCACAGGCCAAACAAACUGCUUAAAUGACCUCCCAGACAUGGAAGGCAGCAUCCCUGGAUGGAAGCCUGGCUUGUACUAUGGAGCAGAUGAGCAAUGCAGGAUAGCCUUUGGGAGUGCUGCCACAGCCUGCACCUUUGCUGACACCAGUGUUGACAUAUGUGAAGUUCUCUCAUGCCAUGUACAACCAGGAGACCAAUCCAGCUGCACUCGGCUUCUUGUUCCCCUCUUGGAUGGCACUGAGUGUGGCAUCAAUAAGUGGUGUUUCAAGGGACAGUGCAGCUCUCUGGAAGAACUGAACCCCGUGGCUGUGGUCCACGGGCAGUGGUCUGUCUGGAGCCCCUUCUCCUCCUGCUCCCGCAGCUGUGGAGGUGGAGUUACCAUGAGGCAGAGGUUCUGUAACAACCCCAGGCCUGCUUUUGGGGGGCAGGAAUGCCAUGGCACCAGCAUCCAAGUGGAGAUGUGCAAUACUCAGGCCUGUUUGAUGACCCAGGAGGAUUUUAUGGCUGAACAAUGUGCAGCAACAAAUUUAAAGCCUCUUUAUCUCACUGCAGAAGCACCAUCUUUUUAUACCUGGACUUCUGCUGUUGGCUUUGCCAAAGGGGACAUGCUCUGCAAACACAUGUGCAGGGCAGUUGAAAAUGAGUUCAUGGUAAGCCGUGAGGAGAAGUUCCUGGAUGGAACCAGAUGUGAGCAGGAUGAGUCUGAGCACCCCGGGGCUUUCAGUCUGUGUGUGAUGGGAAGCUGCAGAGCUUUUGGGUGUGAUGGUCAGAUGGACUCCAAGAAGAUCAUGGACUCGUGCAAGGUCUGUGGGGGUGAUAACACCACUUGCACCAAAGUGAGUGGAUCUUAUACAGAAGGCAAAGCUAAAGAGUAUGUUACAUUUCUGUCCCUGCCUUAUAACACCACCUUGGUUCAUGUCACCAAUCAGAGACCACUCUUCACACAUUUGGCUGUGAAGGUUAAGGGAGAGUAUGUGAUUGCUGGAAAAGGAAAAAUAUCUUUGAAUGUCACCUACCCGUCGGUUCUAGAGGACAGACAGAUCAAAUACAAAGUGUUUCUCACCAAGGACAACCUACCAAGCCUGGAGGAAGUCCAUUUGGAUGGACCAACACAAGAAGAAAUUGAAAUCCAGGUCUAUCGAAGGUAUGGAAAAGAGUAUGGCAAUGCCACCAACCCAGACAUCACCUUCAGCUACUUUGUCCCCAGGGAGAAUCUGACAUACAAGUGGAUUCCCCAGCAGGGCCCAUGUUCAGUGGCCUGUGGAGAAGGAACACAGCCAGUGGCUCAUGUGUGCUUUGACCAGACAAAGAAUGAGAUAACAGAGGAUCAUUGGUGUCUGGAGCUCCCACAGCCCCUGGCAGAGCAGAAGCCCUGUGCCAUGCAGCCAUGCCUGUACAGGUGGAAGCUGUCUCAGACAGAUGAGUGCUCUGCUGUCUGUGGAACUGGAGUUGCCCAGCAGAAUCUGACCUGUGUUCAGUUUCAUGAUGGAUUGGAGACUGUUGUGGAUGACAGCUUGUGCCCAGCAGAAGAAAAACCCCUCUCCAUUGUGCCAUGUGUGGUUAAUGUCUGCCCCUUAGGCUGGGACAAAGAGGAAGAUUCACACUCACUGCAGACUUCGGAGUCACUUGGGCAGAUCCAACUGGAAAAUCAGACCCUGUAUGUCUGGAGCCCUCUAGCUGGAGAGUGUUCUGUCUCCUGUGGUAGAGGUGAGACUCAGCUACAAUACGUAUGUGUAGCUUUUGACACCAGGGAGGAAACCCAAGAAGAGAACUGUCAUCCAGUGCCAAAGCCAGAGAGCAGAAUAGAGGUCUGUGACCUCAGUCCCUGCCCACCAAGCUGGAAGGUAACCCCAGCUGGUCCCUGUUCCUCCAGCUGUGGGCUUGGCUUGGCUGUUCAGCUGGUCACCUGUGUGCAGAUCCACCAAGGCAAGGAGGUUUUGGUGGAGGAGACUUUGUGUCCAGUGGCAGAGAAGCCUCUCCCCAGUGUCCCCUGUGUCAUCCGGAUGUGCUCCUACGAGUGGGGCUUCAGUGAGUGGACAGAGUGUUCAGUUUCGUGUGGGAAUGGCAUUCAGACACGUGGGGAUUUCUGCCUCAACUCUCUGACCCGUCAGCCCGUCAGCCCCAUUUUCUGCAGGAACUUCCCCAAGGCCAUCGUGGUGCGUGGCUGCUCCACAGGACCCUGUCCUGAGCUGGGGAUGGAAACCAGGUCCCCUGGAGCUGAGCUGCAGACAGUGACACCAGCCACACAUCUGAUGGCAGCUGCAGCUGCUAGAGAGGCAAGAAACAAGGACCUGGGUCCUGCUCCAUCUGCUGUGCCCCAGGAGCGGACAGGGGACAGUGGAGCAGGUGUCUGUGGAAAGCUCUUUCUUAAUGCCACGGGGGUGAUCAACAUGACAGGCGUAGGGAGCUGUGACUGCACCGUGGCCAUCGGGCGUCCCCUGGGAGAAGAGAUCACAGUCCACAUCCUGCAGAGCUCCCUCAACUGCAGUGCAGGUGAGGUUGUGCUGUUUUCUGGACGCAUGAUGUGGCGGACAGGCUGCAGGAAGCUCCCUUUGGCACAGAUAAAUUCCAGAACAAAUACACUGAUUGUGAAACAACGUGUUUUGCUGCCAGGAAAUGGGAUCAUUCUUCAGUACAGCAGCAGAACUGCAACUAAAAAAUAUUAUCAAGACUGUGACAAGCAGCUGUUUGGUCCCCAAGGUGAAAUAGUGAAUCCUGUGCAGUUGCCUGAUGAAAAGCAAGAAGGGAUGUGCAGGACCUUCAUCACUGUGGCUCCUGGGCAUCGCAUAGCUCUCCGUGCCCUGGCUAUUGACCUGGGCAAUCAGAGCAACCAAACACAUUUUAAUUACAUCCUGGUCCGUGAUGUAAGCACCAUGAAGACCGUGGUGUUCCGUGGGAAGCAGCAGUUCCUCUGGCAAUCAACAGGAAGCCAAGCUGAAAUUGAAUUCCAUGAAAAUGUUAAGGAUAACCAAACCAGUUUCUGGGCUGAAUAUCAUGCUAUUGAACCCAAAUAAAAAGGGACAGACCCACUGCACUGAGAAA